UGCGGCCCGCAUUGGCCGGCGGCGGCUCGAGCCGGGCGGGAGGAAGGGCGGGCGGGAGCCGGGCUCGCGCGAGGCGAGGCGAAGCGAAGCGAGCAGCGGCGGGGAGCGGCGUACAGCGCCCCCAGCUCGCUACGCCGGCUCCUCGCGCGGCUGCUGAGCGGAGUGACUUCCCGCGGCCCGGGGCGGAGCGCGCGCCUCGCUCCUCGGCGGCUCCGGGCCACCUGUGAGUUUUCCGCCUGGCGGGUGCUAGUAUCGCGUCCGGAUGUGAAGCCGCACAGAGGUGCGGUGUCUGUGCCAUCUUCCUCGCCUUCUCCACCGUCUGCUGAUACUGGAAAACUUGCUUACUCACCUCCUGCAUUUCUCUGCAGAAGACCAGUUCCUGACCUUGAACAGAGCCUCAGUCCUGAUAGGAGAAGAAGCAGGUUGAAGAAAUGUGACACGUUGGAUCAGUGCCUAUGAAUUUAUGGAGCAUUUUAGAUGAGUUCUGAGGAUCCAGGUUUGCUUCUCAGGCUGCUUUUGACUUCUCUGGACAGUAGCAACACACUGAAUCGGACAUGAUUCUUCCCAGCUCUACUGCUGCAGAUGGAAUUCUGACUACAAGGAAUGAAAAUUGAUAGGACUUAUUGGUGCUCAUUCUGCUAUAGCCUGGCAAGUCUCUGAUCAGCAGCAAAGGAUACCUGCAAACAAAAACGAAGUGGAAGCCAUUAACAUACGUUGUUCAGAGAGAACACUAAAUCAACGCAAUAUGGCACAGCAUAGUGUUGUCCUUGGAUUAUUCAUGAUGAUGGUUUUAUCACUGUUGGAUGGAAGUUCAGCUUUCCUGUUAAAUCAGCGUCUGAAAGGAAGAUUUCAAAGAGACCGUAGAAACAUCCGCCCAAACAUCAUCCUUGUUCUUACUGAUGAUCAGGAUGUGGAACUUGGUUCUAUGCAAGUGAUGAAUAAAACGAGACGGAUCAUGGAGCAUGGAGGUGCUCAUUUCAUCAAUGCCUUUGUGACAACACCAAUGUGCUGCCCAUCUCGCUCCUCCAUUCUUACAGGGAAAUACGUCCACAACCACAACACCUACACUAACAACGAGAACUGUUCUUCUCCAUCCUGGCAGGCUCAGCAUGAAAUACGUACUUUUGCUGUGUACCUCAACAACACAGGAUAUAGGACAGCUUUCUUUGGAAAGUACCUUAAUGAAUAUAAUGGUUCCUAUGUGCCUCCUGGUUGGAAAGAAUGGGUUGGAUUACUUAAAAAUUCCCGAUUUUACAACUACACACUCUGUAGAAAUGGAGUGAAGGAGAAACAUGGAUUUGACUACUCCAGGGAUUAUCUCACUGAUCUGAUAACCAAUGACAGUAUUACCUUCUUCAGAAUAUCAAAGAAGAUGUAUCCUCACAGGCCUGUUUUGAUGGUUAUAAGCCAUGCAGCUCCUCAUGGCCCUGAAGAUUCAGCCCCUCAAUAUUCACAUCUCUUUCCUAAUGCUUCACAACACAUCACUCCUAGCUAUAACUAUGCUCCAAACCCAGACAAGCACUGGAUAAUGAGGUAUACGGGUCCCAUGAAGCCUAUACACAUGGAGUUCACUAACAUGUUACAGAGAAAGCGCCUUCAAACACUCAUGUCUGUGGAUGAUUCUAUGGAGAUGAUUUACAACACACUGGUUGAAACUGGUGAACUGGACAAUACAUAUAUAAUAUACACAGCAGAUCAUGGUUAUCAUAUUGGUCAGUUUGGGCUGGUGAAGGGAAAAUCGAUGCCGUAUGAGUUUGAUAUCAGAGUUCCUUUCUACGUCCGAGGGCCAAAUGUGGAGGCUGGGUCCUUGAAUCCUCACAUUGUGUUGAAUAUUGAUCUCGCACCUACGAUUCUGGAUAUUGCUGGAUUGGAUAUUCCAUCUGAUAUGGAUGGUAAAUCUAUUCUAAAACUUCUGGAUUCUGAGAGACCAGUGAAUAGGUUUCAUUUAAAGAAGAAGAUGAAAGUGUGGAGAGACUCAUUUCUAGUGGAGAGAGGUAAACUGCUGCAUAAGAGGGAAAAUGAGAAGGUAGAUGCCCAAGAAGAAAACUUUCUACCCAAAUACCAGCGUGUGAAAGACCUUUGUCAGAGAGCUGAGUAUCAAACAGCUUGUGAACAGCUUGGCCAGAAAUGGCAGUGUGUGGAAGAUGCCAGUGGGAAGCUCAAAUUGCACAAGUGCAAGGGAAUGAUGAACUUGGCAGGCAACAACAAAGGCACUUCCAAUCUUUUGCCCAAGUACUACAGCAGGAAUAGUGAAGACUGCAAUUGUGAAGAGAAUGAAUACAAGCUGAGCCAUACAGGACGGAGGAAGAAGCUCUUCUCCAAGAAGAAAUACAAACCAAGCUAUGCCCGGAAUCGCUCUACCCGCUCUGUAUCCGUUGAGCUGAAUGGGGCUGUUUUUAACUUGGGUUUAGAGGAUGGAUACCAACCUGUCUUACCAAGAAACAUCACCAAGCGACACAAGAUGCAGAGGGCUGUUCUUCGUGAGGAGGAAGACAAAGACAUGGCUGAGUACAGUGGCACUGGAGGCAUUGCAGAGUACACAGCCCCAAACCUGAUAAAAGUGACACACAGGUGCUACAUCCUGGAGAACGACACCGUUCAGUGUGACACUGAUCUGUACAGGUCACUGCAAGCUUGGAAGGACCACAAACUUCACAUCGACCACGAGAUUGAAACUUUGCAAAAUAAAAUAAAAAACCUGAGGGAGGUGAGAGGACAUCUGAAGAAGAAGAGACCUGAGGAGUGUGACUGUAAUAAGAUAAGUUACCAUUCAAAACACAAAAGCAAACUGAGGCACAAAGGAUCUAAUCUUCACCCUUUCAAGAAAGCCCUACAGGAGAAAGACAGGCUGUGGCUGCUUCGAGAGCAAAGACGAAAGAAGAAACUGCGCAAACUGCUGAAGAGAAUAAAAAACAAUGACACGUGCAGCAUGCCGGGCCUGACCUGCUUCACCCAUGACAACCAGCACUGGCAAACCGCGCCCCUGUGGACACUGGGUCCUUUCUGUGCUUGUACCAGUGCCAACAACAACACGUACUGGUGUUUGAGGACAAUCAACGAGACCCACAACUUCCUCUUCUGUGAAUUUGCUACUGGAUUCUUGGAGUAUUUUGAUCUCAAUACUGACCCGUAUCAGCUCAUCAAUGCAGUGAAUACGCUAGAUAGGGAUGUUCUCAAUCAACUGCACGUCCAGCUCAUGGAACUAAGAAGCUGCAGAGGGUACAAACAGUGCAACCCAAGAACUAGGAACAUAGAUCUGGGACUCAAAGAUGGAAGCUACGAGCAGUACAGGCAGUUUCAGCGUCGAAAGUGGCCAGAUGUGAAGAGACCAUCAUCUUCUAAGUCACUAGGACAACUGUGGGAAGGAUGGGAGGGCUAACUGCUUCAACUGCUGGACCUCAGCAAGGAUAUGAACUGGCCAGAACUUGAAUUCGUGUACAGACUAAGCAAAAAUGUGUAUGAUUUCAGAAGAAUUUUAAUGUUAGCCUGGAGGACUGGAUGAACUUGGAGGCCAAAACAGUGUUUGCACUGGUGAGCGAAUUAAAUAGAUGAAGUGAAAUUACAGGAACCUGCUGCCAGGAAUACAGGUCUCUUUCAGAUCCACUCUUGUACCUGCUUUUUGCUUUGGAUUAUACCUCACCUGCUGCACAAGGCUUUUUACUUCAAGAAGACACCACUAACUCUGUUCCAGGAAUUGACAGAAGAGGAAAUACAGCUGCAUCCCAAAGAGGAUUGCCAUCCCAGUGGGCAAAGUGUCCUCAAAGACAGUGGUAGUAAACUGUGUUUCAGUGCAACUAUGGCUUUGGAUGUAAGGAGACAAAUUUCAAUGCCAAGUAUGUCAUGGACACUUCUGCUUCCAACAGGGGUAAAGUUAACAGUGGAAAAAAAACCUCGUAAGAGAUUCAGGAAUUCAAGUGAGCACCACUGAGUAUUCCCAAUACCGUGAUCUCUCAAAUUUCCUCCUCUGAGGAUAUGUUUUAGUUCCAUGUCUACUUGUCCAUCCUAUUGACACCUCUAGGAAAAUUAGAGAAAAUCUUGACUAACAGGAUGUCAUAUUUUUGGAGGGGUUAUGUAAAUAUCCAUCAGCAUACUGUUUAAAAAUAAUUUCCUUCAGGUUGUGAAGAAUUUUGUUAAUAAAAGUGUGGAAUGCCCACAUACCAUUUCUCAAAACGUUACUUAAUGUUGCAUAGCACAUUUCAGCAUUCAUCCGGUUUUAGAAGUACAGAAGUUUCAGUAAAUGUACAUCCUACAUUUUAAUGAAAUCAAAUUUGUAUCAAGUUAUUUUGUGGGUAGUACUAUAUUGUGUGUUCAAGACCAAAACAAUUUGUUUGAGAAAGGACCAUUUGCUUAGUAGUGCAAUUUUUAGACUUAUUUUUUAAAAAAGGCUUCUCUGAGAAGUUCAGAAUCACGACCAAUAACUGAUGACCUAGUUAUAGUUCAGUCUACAGUAGAUGUUCUCAAUGAAAGUUAUUGCUUAAAAGCUUAUAAAAGAAAAAAAUCCAACAUUUUACUAAGGAAGCACAGUGUACAGAGUCUAUUUGAGUAUCUUAGUAAUGAUGUUAUUAAAUACACGGUAGUACAGGCAGCACUAGCAGUGCUACUUCUAUCAUUUUUCCCACAUUAGUCUGCUAACUAACUGCUCUAGAGGCACAUGCAAUGGCAAGCUCAUGGUAACAACCAACUGUGGCCUUGACUCUUAACAAAGAGAGGUAUAUUUCUGCAAAACACAACUUGCACUUCUGGCAACAGUGUGAAGAUACAUCAAAGAAAUGACUUUUGAUACUCUGCAUAGUAGGUCAUUCAAGAGGAAUUCCCUUAUUUCACAGGGGAUGCAGAUCUGGCACCACACCCCUGUUCUUGAAAAUAUGCUUGAACCAACAUGGGCCUAUGUAGUAAAACUUGCUUGUAUGUACUAUACAGUAAAAAUAGGUUUGAUCUUGUAUGUGCAUCACACAUGAAUGAGUCAAAUACAUUUCCAAAUUUUUCUUGCAAAAUAUGCCUGUCUUAAUCUGGCAUAAUUGUGUCUGUAACAUGCUAGAGAUUUUAUGGAUGAUAAGGAAAAAAAGAAAAGUCUGGUAUGUGAUGAGAGCCUGGAUCAAUACAAGCAAGUAAAAAAUAAUGACUUUAAACUUACCAAUAGAAAAACAUUUUUGCUGCUUUCAAGGGAAAAGCAUUAGCUGGCUCCCCUUACCUGUCUGUAUGCAUAAAGAAUACUAAAAGUUAGAUGAAAAAAAUUUCCCCUUACCUUUCUUUGCAUUCAGCCUGUAAUAUUUGACAAGAGGAUGAGACUGUCAGAAUCCUGCACGGCCAGAAUUACUGCUCGGGGUGCACAGCAGUCAGAAGCUUGAAGUCACCGUGUCCCUUUAUGCACAUGCUAAAAUUGAGCAGUGGAACAUCUGCUGUAAGAAGUACCUGUUGUUUCUGAAAGGUAGGUUGUUGAAAGGCUCAGGAAAGCUACUGCUUCUCCUCUCAGCUCUGCUGGUGCUGUUUAAGUUGAAAAGGACAAAUUCUAGUCGGUUUCAUGCAGCUUUGCUAAACUGGCCUCACAGGCAGAGGGGCUGUCAUUACUCCCUCGGCUUUUACAGAUAGCUGGGGAAAAAAAAUACGUAUAUAUUUGCUAGUCCAUAGCUUUCUUCAGUAACAGCUGCAGCUAUUUCUCAAUAGUAGCAGAUUUUCUAUGACCUUACCAGGAUACAACUGUCAGCCUCAAAGUACUAGAAAGCUAAUACACUUUGUCACCAACUUCUGAUUUUAAAUAGAAACCUUUAUUUACAUUAUUAUUAACAUCCAAACACAAAAAUCAGAAGAGCAGUAAUACCUUACAACCAACUCUUUUAUAACUCAGUCCCCAAGGUUUUCUGUUCUGCAACAUAGAUACAGAUAUUUCAAGCAAUACUUAACGUAAACUAAACUUAAAUGCAAUUCUCAAUACUGUAUGCCUUCUCCUGAGAAUUUUAAAAAUAUUGCUCUCAACAUAACAUGGUUUUAUACUUGCUGUAUCAUUCAAUCACCUGGUAGUCUGCACAUAAGUUCAAAAAUAAAAUCUGUGCUAAUUGGUACAACA